AGAGAAUAGUUUUGCUAGUGCAUUAUGUUUUGAAUUUGAUGAUACGUGGAUGAUGAAAAUGAGGCGUUUCUCGUAUUGCUCCAGCACGCUGAAGUUUUUCUCGCUCCUCCAAGCGGGCACCGAGAACUCGUACGCGGUGAAGGUGCUGACGGGGAAAACAAAAACAAAAAAAGCAGACACGCUCAACCAGUGCAAGUGCGUGAACCAAAACGGCGCCACCAAGACCGAGCUCGGGUUGGCGAACCAGCAGUGGCUGACGCCGCAACAGGACGACACCGAAUACGUACCAAAUGCAAAUGUGUCUGGGUCGAGAAAUAUAACAGUGCACAACUCCCCCUCCCCCUCAAAAUAUUACUAUUUCGUAAUAUAUCAAUUUUUUUUUGGUCACCAAAUAAUGCGUUUUUAUGUCGCCAAAUGAUGCGCCUUCGUGUCAUCAAAUCGCGCCCAUUUCGACUCCAAGCUCGCAGCGAUUAUGUUGCAUUUUGUGGCAGCAAACGCGUCGCAAAAGCGCGCGCUUCCGGAGCGUCUUCGUGCCUUUGAUCGGUCGAGUCGAGGCCUGUGAUCUCCGCACAUCUGGCGCAGAAAUCGGGGCCAGAUGACUGCGUCACGAAUGAACAAGGAAACGGCAGCAACCAAAAGAGAAGGGCGGGCGUUCUUCUGCGUGUAACUUGAUAAGUUGCCAAACUUCUGGCAAAUGCUCGCCAAAUCAUGAGGUUUUGCGUCGUCAAAUCAACGACUUUUUAGCGACCUCGCAAAUGAGCGAGAAAAAUAUUACAUUUUGAAGGCUAAUCGCGAUGCUAUGGGCUCACUCCCCCUCAUGAGGGAAAAUGGACACCUUUGGUGAGGGGGAGUGGGCCCAUAGCAUCGCGAUUAGCGAAACUUGCAGCGCUUCGGGCCCGGAAAAUCGUCCCCAUAGCAUGCAGUCUAGCUCCUAGAAAAAAAUUAAAAAAGUGCUCACCUUUUCAAUCAAAUCAUCCACUUUUUGUGCUCCAAAUCAGCGAAUUUUUGAGCUCGAAGUGUGCGGGCCGCAAAAAAGCGCCAAAAAAUAUUACAUUUUGAUGGCUAAUCACGAUGCUAUGGGCUCACUCCCCCUCAUGAGGGGGAGUGGGCAGCUUUGGUGAGGGGGAGUGAGCCUAUGGCGUCGUGCUUAGCUUUCACAACAUGACAAGAGACUGCAAACCUUUGCGACGCUUUUGGUCGCACAAAAAGCAGCACAAACGUUGCGCAUUUGGAAUCGAAAUGUGCGCAAAUUGAUGACAUAAAGACGCAUUAUUUGGUGACAUAAAAACGCACUAUUUGGUAACCAAAUAAAUAUUGCAAAACUAUUACUUUGAGGGGGAGGGGGAGUUGUGCACUGCUAUAAGAAACUUGUAUUGCUGACACUUGCACUUUUACAGACUAGCAGCUGUAUGUAGUGCAUAACUACAGCAUCAGAAGCAUGGCAAGGGUUCUUGUUGCUGAUUCAUUCGUCAAAUAACGCAUGACAAACUGCCGUUCAGCACGAAGAAAAAAACUUUCCAAUCGUAUAUAAAUUCAUGCAUUACAGAUCCAGACCCAAACAUGUUUGCAAUUCAUAAUGCGGGAAGGUGUACAAAAGGAAGUACGGCGGCGUGGCCGACUACGGUGAGUUAUGCAGUGCAAAGAUGUUUGGGUCUGGAAUGUUAAUGUCAUACUAAAAUAAAACAUGAAAUAAAAACAAUCCAACUGCGACUGAAUUCUAUGCUGCCACGCAUGAGAAGUUUUGAAAUAGUCGGGGAAAAAUCAUUAUGCCUAAACCCGCAUGGGAAGCCGAAAUCGCGUUUGUGCAUGACAGCGAGGCGGUUCUCCUGAUUUAGUUGCGCAAUAUGCAUGACAGAGUUCAGCAGUAUGCGAGACCAGCAUCACAAUCUACUUCGAGAGGACCCAAACAUUUAUUUGCAUUGGAUAUGAGUUCUGCGCGGCGUGGGAGGACACGGAAACUGAAGUGAAAGGGGCGACUAUCCAAGAAAAAACGUUGUUAGUGUAAAUUUGUGAUGCGCAACAUGCAAGCGGAUGGCGUCUGUCAUGCUUGGCAUGUAUUGUAGGGUCCAUUAAAGUGCGUUUUCACGUACUAUCUGCGCAUGACAGGUCUUUGCUGUCAUGCCAGACAGAUUUGUAAUGCUGUCCUUCAAAAAACGUAUACACCUGCAAUGUUUUUUUCCUGUGAUAGCGACAACCGCGAAGGGGGCCUUCGGCGUGUACUCACCGUGUAUGGUCGCCAAUGCAACGGUAUGCACUGCAGAUCUGUCUGGGUCUGGAGAAUAAAUCCCAGGUUUGGCAUGCUCUGCUAGCAUGACUGUCAAGUCUGUCAUGCAAGGUACCCAAACGUCGCGCCACAUUUUUCUGCCAUGCAAAAACCCCGCUUCUCAUCCAGAAUUAUAGACAACACCUUGAAGAUGAACUCAAAAACCUGUCAUGCGGGAUCGUCAUUCUUGGCGUUCUCUUGAUUCGCCAACCACCAUCACAAGUUCUUUCCAGAGCCAGAUCGGGGACACUUGCAAUGCAUAAACGGCAAUGGACGACCGGCCCAAGUGGUGCUCAAAACCAUGGUGCUAUGUGAAAAUCGACGACGAUACGGUAAUAUGCAUUGCAAAUAUAAUCGAUCUGGGCAUGGAAGAAUGGAUGCGAGCUUUGUCAGGCUAGUCUGGCAUGACACUGAGCAUGAGCUGUGUAUUGCGUGGUCAGCAAGAGCUCCUCUCGUCUCUCAUGCAAAAACUACGGUCUUUGUCAUGCGGAAUACGCAACACGGAGGGGAGCCACGGAAAAAUCUGUCAUCAUGCUGGGCUGAUGUGCAUUACAGUGUGCUUUCUAUUCACUCCCAUGCAUCACAAGCUUGCAGACCCACACACAUUUGCAAUGCAUAGACAUCGCCGGCCGUCCAAACGGCGAACGGAAAAGUCGCGGUGUAUGGGACUCUCAAACGACGUUGCAUUUAUCGCUGUUGCAUGAUUUGUGAUGCAGAACUGCUGCCACCAUUGAUUCACUUUCACAUGAUCAAUAACUAGUUCGGAUGUUGACAGAUUUUCAAAGAGCUAAAAUAGUAUGGAAAUUCGUACCAAAUCUGUAAUGCAAGACGUGCAACAGUCAUCAAGUUCCCCUCUAUCUUUUGCUAAUCAUGCGUCGCAGAACGAGAAUGAUCAUGCAGUGAUAGCUAUCCUGAGUAAAAACGUCCCCACACCAUAGUUGUCAUGCCAAUCUACAUGCCAAAAAAAUAUAUCAUGCGGAGCCCCAUAAGAAGCAUUUUCUAGUCGUGUUUUGGAAUUUGUGAUGCUAUAAUCAGCAUGAUGUGGUAGAUCUGUGAUGCUGCUGAACUACCUAAAUAGGAUCACAAUACGAAGCCAACUUUGUCAUGCGAAACAACCAAAGCUGGCUGAUUUGUCUAGCACAUUCCCCAUGUAGUUCACUCUGGUGUGGGGACGUUUUUACAUAGGAUAAUAGCGAUCAAUGUAACGUUUGAGACUGCCAUACGGUGAAUUCGCUCGACUCCAUAUUGUGAGGAAAAAUCCCCCCUCCCCAUACCAAACCGGGACACUUCUGAAAAUUUGUGAUGCAGAUUUGAGACCACAAAUCGUCGCUGUAUUGCAUGAAGGCAAGUCUACAGGCUCCGCCACAUUCUACAGGCGGUUUGUCAUGCUGUUGCUCCUACUGCGUAGACUUUUGCCAUGCUAAGCGCCUAGGCCAAAACUUGUCUACUCAGGCCUGAUAUGGGCCUGCAGUCCUCGCCAGCAAGACAAAUCUGAUUUGUGACCUCAAAUACAGCAUCACAAGUUUCGUUUUCGAUAUGGGGAGAGGGGAUUUUUCCUUUCGAUACUCCAACGCGGGGGGAGCGCCCGACGGGCCGGGCUGCACUGGGCUGAGCGAUGUGACGAAAUCGAAGAUGCAAGAUCAGUACAUCUGGUACUCGUAUCAGAUUUGCGAGUAGGAUAGGAGAAGAAAGGAAGAUGUUGCGCAGGACCAAGCAGGUGCUACGGACGAUGUAUGAUUUUUUUGAGAUGACAACAAUCAAGAAUUUCAAUUUUUGGCCAAAACAAAUUCAAGAUUUGGUUUGGUGGAGCUUUUAGAAUAUGAAAGGGAAUGAUGUGAAAAACAAAAAGGACCAGCAUUAGCUUUUUACAUCUUUACGGAUGCGACAAGGUCGUGAAGAUGUAGUUUCUGUACAAUCGUUGACUAAGGAUAACAGAGAUGGACAGCAAGUACCAAUCCCCGAGCAGCACCACAAAAAAGAGAACAUCACUGAGUGCAACGUGGGAAAAAUUAUUGUUCUCCAGAAUCUCUACUCCUCAGCCUCAC